AUGACAAGCAAAGAGAAGGAUGUGGACGAUGCAGAUCUGGAGCAGGUGACAAAAGACAACAGAGGAGAAAAUCUCAGUAGCACAGAAACAGAGGAAGAUACAGAGCAAUCGCGAAUAAUAAUACGAAGUACAGUGAUGGCGGAAGGACACACGAAGGUUUUGAAAAUAGUGGAUAAAGAGGCUUCUUUCUCGGAAGCCUUGGAGAACAAGAUACAAAACAUAAGUACGGGAAUCAAGGGAAUGUCUCAUCUAGUACACCUACACCUACCACAGGCAUUGAAUCUGCACCUGCUACUGCAACACCUGCAGUUGCUACGCCAACAGAUGGAGUUGGUGAGCCAAAGAAAAAUGUGA